UCCUCUUUCAACUUUUAGCAACUCUACCGACUCCUACUCCGUCUGUGCGAACCAGCCAUGUACGCCUCUCGCAUCUCCAAGGCUGUCGUCUGCCUCUUGGCCUCCGCCAUUGCCGCUUCUCCUCACGAUCAGAUGGUGAACAAUGAGUUCAUCCGCGAUGUUGGUGUCCUCUACCCCAACAGCAACUUCACGGGCGACCCUUUCUUCCUGGUUCAGCACAAGAAGGCGCCCAGGUGUGAGACCAACAGUCGUGGUGCCGCUCUUGGCUCAGCUCAGAUUUGUGUUCCAUCCACAUGCGUCUUUUACAAGAGCAAGGACUGCACUUUGUCCGAACCCGGCAACGACUACUACUUCCACGGUCCAGUCGAUAUCGACAACCUCCAGGCCCUUCCCGACAUCGCCUGCGAUUCAUACUUGUGCGGCCCGGUCGAGGAGAUGGCCGAAAUGAUCGGCAACACCGCCAGUGCUUUUGCCAACUCUGAGGGUGGGCACUGGGGCGUCGUUGGUCGUUUCUAAUGCUGGCACCAGCUGCUCCGGAACACGCGCUCGUGGUUCGAGCUUGGUUCUCACAUUAGGUGACUUUCACAGACGGCAAAAAUACAAAAGCGAUGUGAUAUAUUGUGGGAGAUAAGAGAAGGAUUCCCAUGACAUGUAUAGACUGGAUGACGAAGAGUUUGGUGUUUCAAAAUGUGGCGGCGUGAGGCCGCUGGCAGAAUACGAUGGAAUACUGCGCUGAGUUGCUAUCUAGCUAGGAGAGGACGACUAUAUACCUGACCUGUAACACACUAGAC